CAAAGUCAGACGCUUAACUGACUGAGCCACCCGGGCACCCCUGAUUGGCCAGACUUUAGUGGCGUGGCCAAAUCUAGUUGGGAGAAGCUGAGAAAUGUUGUAUUUAUUCUGGAUGGCCACAUCCCCAUCUAAACUUGGAUAUAAAUUACUUGGAAAGAAUGGAAGAAUAGAUAUUGGAGACAACUAGCAGUCUCUACUAAAAGGGUUCGGUCUGUUCAUGUUUGUGUACGUGCCCAUGAUGUGUGUUAUGUGUGUGAGCACGUGUGUUGUGUAUACUGGUGGGCCACGUUCUCUCCACCACUUUGAUCCCAGAUGGGCUUGUUAUGAGUUCUCUGUGGAGCUCCUCUAAAUCUGGCCUCUCCUCUUAGGCAGAUUGAGCCUCAGCUUCUCAAUUCAAGGAACUACAAUGUAUUUUCUGCAUCCACCAAAGCAUGUUAUCAGUGGUGAGAGAGGGGCUUGUAAAACUGUUUUUCCAUUCAGGUGUUACAGGGUGGCCAUUAUGUGAGAGCGACUAUGACCAGAGUUAAUCUGGCAAUAAAUUCUCUUGGGAAGGAGGGUGUCAUUAACGCAAGAAUCCUAGCAAAGGGUACCCCUCAAUCUUGUGCCGCAGGGGAAACGCCCCGAAAUACCAGGCACCCUGUUGAGAUGACCCAAGGCGAGGAAAAUGCUAGAUUCAGCAUUGGUUACAGGUAGUGUUGCCCCAGUGUUUUAAGCCCUGCCCAGUAAUCACGCAGUUCCAAGAAACUGCUGACCUUUCCUACCCCCACCCCACCCCCCACCCACCCUUCAGCACAUACACACACAAUAUGCAGGGGCUUGACAGGUUCAUCUCAUUUACUCUUUUGAGCCAAUGGGUAUUAUUAGUUCCGUUUUACUAAUGAGAAUGGGAUGCUGUAGGGAAGUUAAGUAUUUGCCUAGAGACUCAUAGCUAAAAAGGGCAGAGCUGCUGCUGAGCCCUCGGGGCCUAACCACAAUACUCUCCAACUUUAUUAGGAUUUCGUGGAACCCUGUUGGGGGUUAGCGCCACUGAACUCCCUUCCACAAACAUUUGGCGCAAGUGUUUACUCAGGUAAUCAGCCCGAGACGUACAUCCCGGAAGGAAAAUGCUUUGUGGACCCUUGUGCCGAUUCCUGUGGCUUUGGCCCUAUCUGUCCUAUGUUGAAGCUGUGCCAAUCCGAAAAGUCCAGGAUGACACCAAAACCCUCAUCAAGACGAUUGUCACCAGGAUCAAUGACAUUUCACACAUGCAGUCUGUCUCCUCCAAACAGAGAGUCGCUGGUCUUGACUUCAUUCCUGGGCUCCACCCUGUCCUGAGUUUGUCCAAGAUGGACCAGACAUUGGCCAUCUACCAACAGAUCCUCACCGGUCUGCCUUCUAGAAACGUGGUCCAAAUAUCUAAUGACCUAGAGAACCUCCGGGACCUUCUCCACCUGCUGGCUUCCUCCAAGAACUGUCCCUUGCCCCGGGCCAGGGGCCUGGAGACCCUCGAGAGCCUGGGCGGUGCCCUGGAAGGCUCACUCUACUCCACGGAGGUGGUGGCCCUGAGCAGGCUGCAGGCUUCUCUACAGGACAUGCUUUGGCGGCUGGACCUCAGCCCUGGGUGCUGAGGCCUGGAAGACCCCUCGUCCCAAAGUUGAGGAGACAACCCAUGGCUCCCAGGUGUCUUCAGCAGAGAGCCUGUGUGGGUGUCCUUUAUCCAGGCCCCAGGCCAUUAGUCUCUCACACCUUUGAGCCACUCUUCCAAAGGCAUAAGCCUUCAAGGCACGAAACCAAAGAUAGAAUGCAUGAUUCCGUGCUCACCGGGAAGGGAGACCCACCCGGCAGUGAACCGGACCUGAGGAUCUCACAAAAGCCUUCCUUCCUGUGCCACCUCCCCUCUCACCGCAUG